CCUGAUCUUAUUUCCACUGGAAGAUGUGGAGUGGGCUGUUACCCCCAGGACUGAAUGAAAGUGACGUUGACUUAAGUUCUGAUGAUGGGGACGCAUUGGAUAGUGUGACAUCCUGCUCACCAGAAGAUAUAAAAGAAGAUAUUAAAACAGUUCAGCGCCCUGAGUUCCAGGAGAGUGAAGCUGAAAGUAGCACUGUCAGUAAAUCCCCUUCGAUAACUGUGACAGAUGGAGAAGAUGGCAGUCAAACAUGCCCUGCUGGAGUUCCUCUCCACAUGUGGAAUAAAUUUUUGGAGCUUCAGAAGAGAAAACGUGAAAUGGAAACCCAACCAAAUCAGGGAAACAGAGACCGAAAAAGAAAGCGCCGCAGAAAAGAAAAACUGAAAAAGAACAAUGAAGUGACUGAGAGUCAACAGUUGGCAAAUGAAGAGCAUUGGAAAGAGCUUACACAAUACUUUGGAAUCAAUGACAAAUUUGAAACACUUGUGAAAAGCAGGACUCAACAAAAGUCUGGCCUUGAACUUAGCAUAGAGAAGUCUGUGGCGGAAGGUGACAUUGAUAAAGCUGAGGAGCUGAGUGAUAGAUUAGCCCUUCGGGAGCUUGGAGUGAAAAUUGCCAAAGCUACUGCUUGUCGCAACUUUGUAAAAGCUAAACAAGAAGCAGAGGCUGCCCAGGAGGCUCGAAGGAAAAAGAAGCUUGCUUGGGGAUUUGAAGCUAAGAAAAGGUGGGAAACAAAAAGCAACAUGGGGUACAUGUAACUCAUGUUGCUUCCCUCAGGACUCAUAUGCCUGCUCUUAUCUCC